GAUUGUGAAGACCUUACUCUAUGCAUGGCUAUGGUCACUCACAGUCUCGCUCCGACCAUCGGCGCAGACCAGAACACAGAGAUGCUAUACGGCCAGAUUUACGAUGACUUCCUAUUGGAGCACCCGGUCGCGAUGCGCAAAAGCGUACCCAAGACAGGGCAGCCAGGCACUCCUUUGAUGAAGCGCAAGCUGUCGGCUGUCAUCCAUCGAGUCAGACUUAUUCGGACAGUGCUCACAGUUUGCUCCAUAUUACCGAAGAGCAGCGGCGGCAACUGUCAGCGGCGCCAACGGCCUUGGAGUUAUGAUGGCGGCUAUCAAGAAGUUUGCAGAGGACGGAUUCCCAGACACUAUCCAUGUCAAUACUUGCUGGGGAUACCUGAGAACGCAGCCGAUGUGGCAAGGAUUGGGCGAGGACCAGGAGUUCACCGCCGGACCCGAAGCACAUAGACGAAGAACACGGGAUGAGCAAGACAACGACGCCGAAGACAGUCUUAAGGAAGUGACCCUACUCGCCCACAAACGACCAAGGGGUGAAGAGACUGCAAAAGCUGCAGCUGACAAUGGUGUAGUACAGCAGACCACCAUGACCAACAGCGCCCAACUGCAAGCGAUAUCGGAUGUCAAGCUAGCCAUCAGCAUGGCCAACAUAAAUAUGACCAUGCAAGGCACCAACCUUCUCUCUUGUCUGAAAGGAAUGGACAAAACCAAGUCUGGAGAACGCCUCGCGGUCUAUGAGGCACAAUUGACCAGGAUUCAGCUGCUUAUUAAGAAGCAAGAGGCCGAACUUCAAGCACAAGGGUCAUUGCUAGCUCAAUUACAAGCAAAAGGGUAUUCUGGAGCAGAUGCCACUGUCUCGAUCAGAACUCAAGAGGAUGUUGCGCAAAGUACGCCGGAGGACCGUGGUCAGAGCACUCCUCUAUAAACUCUCCUUCCCCGGAUUUUCGUGUCUUCGGCCUAAUGCGACAGAGCAACAGUCGACGACGUCCACCACCGGGCCAUCCGACAAGGAGGAGUGUUACCCGAGUAUAGUCUGGAGAAGGUAUA